AUGUCCCUAGCGCGCACGACCAUGUCGUUUGCGCGCUCCUCCUCGACCGUCGUGCGUUUUGCCACACACGCCAGCGCUCCCCGCCAAUGUCCACAAUGCCUACGCAACUUCUCGUCAUCGCGGAUGUAUCGGCAGUCUGCUAAGCGGCAGAUGCAGACUGCGACUGCAUACCAGCCUUCAUCGCUGCGCUCACAGCCGCCCCCGCCACGCAAUUGCGGUGUUCCAGACACUUCGAUAGCGGGCAGCGCAACCGAGGCAAAAAGCUUUACACCGUCGCGGGUAACCUCUGAAGACCUCAGUCGGCUGUCACAACAAGACCAACCCAAAGUGAGCGUAUCAGAGGGCGAAGCGCAAAAACCACAGCCGGCGCCUACUAGCAAACCGCUUCGACCGCGUCGCUACAACUUCGGCCCCCGCAAGGCUACUAUCAAACUGUCACCCUCCGCAGUAGCACAUCUACGAGAGCUCCUCGAGUUACCGGAACCAAAGCUCAUAAGAAUUGGGACCAAGGCAAAGGGCUGCUCUGGCCUGGCUUACCAUUUAGAAUACGUGGAUAAGCCAUCGAUGCUGGACGAGCAAGUGGAGCAAGAUGGGGUCAAGGUUUUGAUCGACAACAAGGCCCUGCUGAACAUUAUUGGGAGUGAAAUGGACUGGCUGGAGGACAAGUUGAACCAGCGCUUCAUCUUUAAGAACCCGAAUAUCAGUGAGUCACAAGAGAAAUGGAUGCCCUGA